AUGAACACGAGAAGCCGGAGCGGAAGAGGAGCCACGCCAUCGGUAUCCGAGACGACCGCCACCGCCACAGGAACGUCAUCAACGAACACAUCGGAAGAAACGAGCGGCACGACGGAGACAUCGGAGACCUGCACGACCGCGACGAGAACGACGAGGACAGAAGAAAAGAGCAGCUCGACGCCACCUACGCCGAGCACCAUGCCCGCCGACAAGUUGCAGCCAGCGCCGUCACCCGUCGUAGGAUACACAAACGCCGCUUUCGCGGCGCCAGCCGACAACGCCGACGCACCGACGACCGCCGCUUUCGCGGCGCCAAUAAGCAACGUCAACUUAAAUACAAACGCCGCUCUCGCGGCGCCAUCGAACGUCGCCGUCGGGUCGCCAGCACGCCGCUCGAAGACGCUCCGCCAGGCAUCAGAGGUGCGGUCGCGGCGCUCCGUAGCCUCCCGCAAGAGACUCCUCGCGGAGUUGGAGGCGAAGGAACGCCUAGCCGAACUAAAGCUGGAACAAGCGAAGGCCGCAGCAGAACUAGAAAAGGCGCGGUUAGAAAGAAUCCGCGCUGAAGAAGAAUCAACAACGGAAGAGGAAGAAGAGGACUACGAACCGGAACGACGGGUCGAGUCGUGGUUGAAACAGCAUUCAAGCCAGCCACUGCCACCCGCCGCCAACCCGACUCGCGAGCUCUCACCGCCACGCUACAUAGCGAAGAACACCGACAACAAGGAAGACCGAGGAUGGGGGGCCCGCCAGGAACAGGACGACGGGCAACGGGAACCGAAGAAAGACCCGCCCACGCGGUCACCAGAAGUUGCGGCAAUUGUAACCGCCUUCAACGAAGUCGCAAGAAGCCAAAGGAAAGUAAUAAGAUACGGCGGUGAACUACCGACGUUCACCGGCUCCAGCAACGAGUGGCUAUCGUUCAAGGCAUCGUAUGAAGAAACUGAAGAGGGAUUCACCGACGGGGAAAACGUCGCACGAUUGAGGAAGGCGCUGAAAGGAGCAGCCCUAGAAGCCGUCACCGCCCUACUCAUAUCACACACCGGACCCGAGAAGAUCAUCGAAGCCCUGCAGAGAAGGUUCGGCCGCCCAGACGCGCUCGUUUUGGGUGAAAUGGAAAAAAUUAAAUCGCUACCACGAGUGUCGGACAACCCCCGGGAUGUUUGCAUAUUCGCAAACAAAAUAGCGAAUAUCGUCGCCACCGUCGAAAUACUAGGAAAACCAGAAUACCUGCACAGCCCGGAAAUGCUGCGGCAGGUGCUCGAGAAGCUCACACCGAUCAUGAAGAAUAAGUGGUACGACUUCGCCGCCGACGAACGAGACAAGACACCGCUACUGAAAAAGCUCGCAGAGUUCCUGAAUAAAGAAGCAGACAAGUGCUCCAGUUACGCUCCGUUAGACACAGAGACGGAGAGGAUAACAAGGAAAAGGACGGAGCGCGCCUACGCAGCAAGCAACGCGAGCGAGCGAGAAACAAGAUGCCCGGUGUGCGAGCGAGAACACAAGCUUAUCGAGUGCCGACAAUUUACGAACAGCGACGUAAAUACACGAUGGGAAAUAGCGAAGAAACAUCGAGUGUGCUUCCGCUGUCUGCGAAGCAAACAUCAACGAGCAACAUGCCGCGCUCGUCCAUGCGGCCUCAACGGGUGCACCAUGAAGCACCACAAGAUGCUCCAUCAUACAAAGACAGCGGAAAAGAAAAAUGAAGAAACGACUCAACCGCAAGCCGAAACGAAGAACGACGAAAAAGUCCUCGUGUCGGCGAUAAACAUCAACAGCGCUACGUCGGAGCAACCUACGCGCCGCCGCGCGUAUCUGAAGAUCGCCCCCAUCACCAUCACGGGGCCGAAAGGAAAAUGCGACACGUACGCGCUGCUCGACGAGGGAAGCACGGUGACCAUCAUAGAAACGGCGCUUGCAGAACAGCUGGGUCUCGACGGGCCACGCGAGUCCAUCACAAUUCAAGGUGUGAAUGGACACGAGAACGAGCACGAGUACAGCAAGAGAGUGAAGGCACGAGUACGAGGACGGCAUGAAGAAAAAGAUUACGUAUUAGACAACGCCCGCACCGUGCACCAACUCCACGCGUUCACGCAGUCCAUCCGCGAAAGUGACAUCGCCCGCUGCAACCAUCUGCACGACCUGCAAGACGACCUGCUGUACGAGAAUGCAACACCGAAGCUGCUGAUCGGACAAGACAACUGGGAGCUCAUUAUAACACGUAAACUACGGCACGGCAAGAGGAGUCAGCCCGUCGCAUCGAAGACACUGUUAGGAUGGGUACUGCACGGCUGCCGUUCAUCGAACAAGCACCCAGUUUUGUUCUGUUCUCAUCUCUCGGAAGCGGAGAAGUCACCCGACACACUCGAAAAUAUGAUGAAGAAAUACUUCGAAUUAGAAUCCAUCGGCAUCGAACCUAAGCGACAGCGCAGCGACCCGGAGCAGCAGGCACUCAACAUACUGGAAAAGAAAAGUCAACGCCUGCCGUCCGGCCGAUAUGAAACCGGACUCCUAUGGAGAGACGAGUCCGCAGAUACACCGAACAACUACGGCGACACACUGAAAAGACUGAAGACAUUGGAAAAGAAAUUGGACAAAGACGGAGAGCUGAAGAGACAAUAUGAGGAAAGAAUCGAAAAUCUACUCUCGUCCGGCUAUGCAGAGAAGGCGCAGACUCCGCCCACCGGCGGGAGAGUGUGGUACCUCCCACACUUUCCAGUGAUCAACCCGGACAAAGCGAAGAUUCGUCUGGUGCACGACGCGGCCGCUAAGUCACACGGCCGCUCUCUCAACGACAUGCUGCUGCCCGGGCCCGACCUACUGCAAUCUCUGCCCGCCGUCAUCAUGAAGUUCCGUCAACAUCCAAUCGCCGUGUCCGCCGACAUCAAGGAAAUGUUCAUGCAGAUAAAAAUUAUAGAAGAAGACCGCAACGCGCUGCGCCGCUUCAUAGCGCGGCGCGGCUGCCCGGCCGAAAUAUGGAGUGACAACGCGACGUGCUUCCGCGCGGCCAACCGAGAGCUCACGGACGCGUGGGCCGCACUUGAAGAAGAAGCAGCAGCCCGCCGCAUCAGCUGGCGCUUCCUUCCGCCGGCCGCCCCAUUCAUGGCCGGCGCGUGGGAGCGCAUGGUACGCACCGUGAAAGAAGCCCUACGCCACACGCUUCACGAGCAGCACCCCAGUGACGAGACGCUCGUCACACUCCUCGCCGAAGUAGAAGCCACCGUAAACUCACGCCCACUCACUCAUGUGGCCGUGACCCCCGACGUGCCGCCCGCCAUCACACCGAAUAUGAUCCUGCUGGGCUCCAACUGUUACGUGCCGCCACCCUGCACCAUCGAAGAAGACCAAACAACAGCGCGCACACACUGGAAGCGCGCGCAACAGCUCGCCGACACCUUCUGGCGACGCUGGGUGCGAGAGUACCUGCCCGUACUCCAACAGCGGCGGGAGCCCCACGCAAGCGGCGCGGCCCCCAAGAUCGGCGACCUGGUCAUCGUGUGCGACUCCAAUCAUCCGAGGAACACGUGGCCCCGAGGACGAGUCAUCGCCACGUAUCCCGGCAAGGACGGCGAGGUACGAGUGGUCGACGUGGAGACCAGCGGCGGCAGAAUCCUCCGGCGGCCCACCAAGAAGAUCGUCGUGCUACCAGUUCGAAUCGCAGAGUGCGACGGCGGGAGAAAUGUGCACGACGAAACGUAA